AUGGCUCCUGCCCUACUUACAUCGCCGGUAACCAGCGGUCAAGUGCUGGUCAACAAAUCGCUGCCAGCACUUUCCAUCACAGUGGAACCGGUCUCUUCCGACACUUCGUCAACGGAUAACUCGGUUGAAAGUUCGCCAACUUCGAAAACUAUGUCGAAGCCGCCUGGCAGCGCGAUCAAUGAGAACGACGCUGUCAGUCUCAUGUCAACGAAGAUUUUGGAGAUCGUCUUUGAUUAUGCUCUGAACAAAUUCGACGACUCUCGAGAGCGACUUGAGGUCGGAAGACCCAGGUUCAUUGAAGUGCUCAACGAGUUUGUGAAAAAUGGGUCCCGGAUUGAUAUGGCUCUUCCAGCAUUCCCCUUCAAAUCAGCGAACAAAGUCUAUAAGGCGUUGGGCUUUCUGCCCGACAAGGCGGAGGAGCUCUCUUUGUCACGACUACACAACAUGUGCAGACGUAUUGAGGAGAUCUAUACGCCGGGGGCCAACGUUGUCAUCAUCUCCGAUGGACUUGUCUACAACGACUUAUUGAGCAUCUCCGAUAGACAUACCUGGAUUUAUGGACAGGCUCUGCGAGCAAUGGCUGUUGAAAAAGGCUUCACCAACAUUAGAUUCUCCCGACUGCGAGACUUUGUUCCUGCCGAUUCGACUUUGAAGUUGCCAGACAAGAUGGACGAAAUUUCUUACGUCGCCAACGCUACAAACUUUCGACGAUUCAUUCUCAACAAGUUCGGCAAGGACGGCUUAGACGUUGAUCAACUCAUUGCUACCGACACAGACACCCGUCUAACGUACCAGGGAUAUCGGCGAUUCUUGAUGUCAGAUCUGAGGUACAUCUUCACGCUUGGAGCCGACCGGAACAGUACUGCAUACAAACGGGAGACGAAGUAUCUGGCCAAACAGAUGAUUGUUCGAGGAGUUGCUUUUGCUGGAGCAAUCAAGCACAACUUCCCGAACUAUUUGCGACUGUCUAUCCAUCAGUCUACUGGAGAGCACAAGGUUUCGAUGAGCUUGCUGAACACUAAGACAGGAUACACAACUCCUUGGCAUUGCAGUGUCGCUCUGCAGACUGAUGGAGAAUGGACAAGUGCACCAAAGGGCGACUUCGAGGAGAUGCCCAGGAUGAAGGUCGUUGAGGAGAAUGGUCGUCCAAGCUACUUCCGAGAAAUGACUGAAGAAGAGUUCCUCGAAGACCAAAGAAGGGCAGAGGAGGCGGCAAAGCUGGCUGCGAAGCCAGUAGUGGAUGAGAUUCAGGAGCCAGAGAGGAAUGAGGACUUCGUCCAGUGGGAAGGCUUGACUUACGAAGCCAAAAAUGGGGGCAAGACGAAGCGACUGCUAGAUCAAGUGGACGGGUGGCUGCGGGGCGGAACGUUGACGGCCUUGAUGGGUGUCAGCGGGGCUGGAAAGAGCGUCCUGCUCGAUGUAUUGGCCAACAGGUCGAACUCAGGAAUCGUACAUGGCGACAUCUUAGUGAAUGGUCAGACUUCGAACUCCAAGAGUGUAUCAGCAACAGUCUACCAGCAAGACCUGCAGCUUUCUGCCGCGACGGUCAAGGAGGCAUUGAUCUUCAGUGCUCUCCUGAGGCAGCCAAAGACGACCCCUGUCGUCGAGAAAAUUGCCUAUGCCGAAGGUGUGCUGAACCUUAUCGGUCUGGAUGCUCUUGCCGAUACAGUUAUCGGAGUGUCUGCGUUGAACAGCGAACAGAGGAAGCGGUUGUCGAUCGGUAUUGAGCUUGCUGCCAAACCAACCAACUUGCUCUUGCUCGACCAGCCACUUGCAGGGUUGGACAGUCAAGCUGCCCUCUCCAUCUGUCAGCUUCUGCGAAAGGUGGCACAAAAAGGCCUAGCCAUCCUCUGUGUCGUCAAUCAGCCUUCUGCACGUCUUCUCCAAACCUUUGAUCGCCUGCUUCUACUAGGUGAAGGAGGGAAGCAGCUAUACUUUGGCAAGAUUGGUCAAUCCUGCAAGACCAUGAUCAGCUACUUUGAGAAGAAUGGCGCCAGGCCAUGCAAAGCCAACGAGAACCCUGCAGAGUGGACGCUUGAUGUCACUUCCUCAACUGAACACUCCGACGAGACACAAGACUGGUCGGAGGUCUGGAACAAGUCUCAGGAGUGCAAGGCGACGAAGAGCAAGCUGGCUCAGCUGAAGAAGAAGUUCUCAGCAACAGCGGAGCAGGUCGACGGCCCUGUCACUUCAGAUGCGGCCGAUCCGUCAGCUCCUGGGUUUGAUGCACUGGCCUUACAGCGGGCCUUCUACAAGUACAUCCAAUUGGAGAAGAUGCAACUGCCCUCGGUGUAUCCCACAGACGCGUCAGCAUCUUCGUUUACAAACGGGGCUACAGUACCUCCGCCAGCCUAUCUUUCCUGA